GAGAGCGUCGUGGGCCACGGCAUCCUGACAUGUCUCGGCAAUCGAACUUCGUGGGUGUUAUGCUUUGAGAGCUCCCACCUAUUGCUGCAUCACAUGUCCUGUCUGGUACAAUGUCUACCUUCGUGUGGGGAGCCUGCGGAUCCUCAAUCGUUCCGGCGGGACUGACGCGGCUGUAGCAGAGCACAUAAAAUACGAGAUAGUACUGUCACGGAUCUCGUCGACCUCCACAUCGGAGUCGGAGUUGCCUCUGAGUCUCGUAUAGCCUGAAGUCGACCUGUGAAGCAUGUCGCUCACGCACCGUUCCAGCUGGGACCUGCCCCUCGAUUCAUCGAUGUAUGCCCCAGACGAAGAAGAGAAGGCGUUUAUGAAGGCGACUACGGGCAUUCAGGAUGACGAAGAAUUGAAGGCACACAUCCUCGCCGUACAGGCGAAGGCCUGGACCAUCUACAAAUACCCAUGCAUCCGCCAGUUUGACUUCAUGAGGCUCAAAAUAGCGCGUAUGCCUGCAUAUAAUCAGUUCCUGGAGCUGGGGAAGCAACGCAAAGACGCGAUCUUCCUGGACGUGGGAUGCGGCUUCGGCAAUGAUACCCGUCAAGCUAUACUCGACGGAUGGCCAAUCGAGAGAGUCAUCGCGGCAGACCUGAGCCCACAGAUGUGGAACGUCGGACACGAGCUGUUCCGUUCCACACCCGACACAUUCCCAGUCCCAUUCGUCCAGGGCGACAUCCUCGACCCUGCAUACCUAGCUGUAGCCCCGAUCCUUCCUACCUCUUCUACACCUAUCCUAGACCCUCUCCCUCCCCUGAGCGAAGUGAAGACGCUCAACGAGCUGCACGGCAGGCUUUCUGCGAUGUUCGCCAGCGCAUUUUUCCACCUCUUCGAAUUCGACGGCCAGGAGCAGGUCGCGCGCAAACUCGCCGGGCUCCUAUCACCCCUCCCCGGGUCCAUGAUCUUCGGCUCGCACACUACCAUGGCCGAGAAGGGGCGCUGGGAGAUAGGCGACGCCAAGUCAGACUGCCAUUCGCCCGAGACCUGGACGGAGCUGUGGGAAGGCAUCUUCGCUGAGGCCGGCGUGAAGGUCGAGCACCGGGGCGGGCUGACCUUCUAUGGGAUCUACUCCGGGAGCACGAAGGAGCGCUUCUACAUGGACUGGUCGGUGGUGAGGCUGUGA